AUGAUUAGGAAAAGCUGUGUCACAGUGGAAAAAUGCAAAGAUGGAGACUUUGAGGAAAAGCCAAAGGAAACACCUGCUGAUGAAUAUGUUGCAGUGCCAAAGAACUACCAGCAUGUCCUUUCCUUAGUCUUUGCUGUGAAUGAGGUGAACAAGAACCCCAACAUUUUAUCCAACAUCACUUUGGGGUUCCAGAUCUAUGACAGCUACUGUGAUGCCAAGAUGACUUAUCAGAAUACUUUGAACCUCAUCUCUCAUCAUAGGAAAACCAUCCCCAACUACAAAUGUGGUGUUGAGAAGAACCUGAUAGCUGCCAUUGGGGGCCUUGACUCUGAAACUUCAAGCCACAUGGCCUCUAUCUUGGAACUUUAUAAGAUUCUACAGAUCACCUAUUCUUCAUUUACUCCAGCGGUGAGUGAAAAAGACCAUAUUUCUUCCUUGUACCAAAUGGCUCCCAGUGAAGCACAUCAAUACACGGGCAUUGUUCAGCUUCUUCUCUAUUUCCAUUGGAAGUGGGUUGGCAUACUUGUCACAGCUGACGAUAAAGGAGAAACCUUUGUGAAAAUGUUGACACGCCAGCUUUCCCAUAAUAGCAUCUGUAUAGCUGUCACUGAGAGAGUGGUAAACUACGGCGGUUCUGGUGGUUUGGGGAUGAUAGAGAAAUGUCAGAAUAUGGCUGAGUCCCUAAGCAAAACGAACGUCAAUGUAUUUGUUGUCAAUGCAGACAAAAACACCAAGACAGGUUUGCAAUGGCUGCUACUAGUAGGCAUAAUGAUGAGUGUGAGUCCCAUAAACAAAGUGUGGGUUAUGACCGCUGACUGGGAUUUCUCAUCGGAACCAUAUCACAAAGAUCUGGAUAUACAAAACUUCCAUGGUGCCUUAUCCUUUGCCAUUCAUUCCAGUGAGGUUAAGGGGUUCCACAGUUUCCUCCUGAACCUAAAUCCCCACUCUGAGUCCGAUGGAUUUAUCAGGUUGUUCUGGGAACAGGCAUUCAGUUGCGAGUUUCUAGAUAUGGAGACGGAGGAGGAAUCCUGCACUGGUGAGGAGAAGCUGGAGAGCCUUCCUGGGGCUUUUUUUGAAAUGCAGAUGACCAGCCAAAGUUACAGCAUCUACAAUGCCGUCUAUGCUGUGGCACAUGUUUUGCAUGCAAUGUUGGCAUCCAGAACCAAACAUAGAGAUAUGGUGCUUGGUGACUUUCUAAGACCUCAAAAGUCACAUUUCCAGCUUCAACCUUUCCUGAGAAAUAUCUUGUUUAACAACAGUGCGGGGGACACUGUCUUUUUUAAUGAGAAACGUGAGCUAGAAGGUGGAUUUGAUAUUAUCAACUGGGUGACUUUCCCAAAUAAGUCUUUUUUAAGAGUGAAAGUUGGGGAAAUGGAUCCUCAAGCUCCACUGGGCAGUGAUUUCUCCAUUGAUGAAAAGAUCCUUACAUGGCACCAGAGUUUUAACCAGGUGGUGCCCCUUGCCUUGUGUAAUGAUCACUGCCAUCCAGGUUACAGCAGACAAAGGAAAGAGGGGGAACCAUUUUGCUGCUAUAAUUGUACUCCAUGUCCAGAAGGGAAGAUUUCAAACCAGACAGAUAUGGAUGAUUGCUUCCAGUGCCAAGAUGAUCGGUAUCCUAAUCAAGAGAGAAACCAAUGCAUUACCAAAAAAGAAAACUUCCUAUCUUAUGAAGCACCUUUAGGCAUCAUUUUGGCUCUUCUAGCUCUGGCUUUUUCUGCAACUACAGCUUUGGUGUUUGGAAUCUUCAUCAAACAUCGAAAGACUCCCAUUGUCAAAGCCAACAACCGGAAUCUCACUUACACGCUGCUCAUCUCCCUCCUGCUCUGCUUCCUCUGCUCCUUGCUAUUCAUUGGGAAGCCUCUGACACUAACUUGUCAGUUACGACAAACUGCUUUUGGUAUCAUCUUCUCAGUGGCUGUUUCUUCUGUUUUGGCUAAAACCCUCACUGUGGUUCUGGCUUUCAUGGCCACCAAACCAGGAUCCAAGAUGAGGAAAUGGGUGGGGAAAAGAUUUUCAACUUCUAUUGUUCUUGGUUGUGCUUCUGUCCAGGCAAGUAUUUGUAUAGUAUGGCUCUGUACUGAUCCUCCUUUUCCAGAUGUGGACAUGCACUCUCUGCCAAAAGAAAUCAUAGUGGAAUGCAAUGAAGGUUCAGCCAACAUGUUCUACUAUCUUCUUGGUUACAUGGGUUUACUGGCUCUUGUCAGCUUCGUUGUGGCUUUCUUUGCUCGGAAGCUGCCAGACACUUUUAAUGAAGCCAAAUUUAUCACUUUCAGCAUGUUGGUGUUUUGCAGUGUGUGGCUUUCUUUUGUUCCAACCUACUUAAGCACCAAAGGGAAGUACAUGGUGGCUGUGGAGAUCUUCUCCAUCUUGGCCUCCAGUGCUGGGAUCUUGGGUUGUAUCUUCUCCCCCAAAUGCUAUAUUAUUGUCUUCAAGCCUGAACUCAACUCGAAAGAGCAGCUAAAAAAGAGAAAUAAGUAA